UGCUUCCACUAAUAAAUCCAUUGGUUGGAGAGAAGGUGAUAUUGUGCAUAGGAAUACUUGCAUCAAUAGCUUAUGCAUUAUUCAAUGGCCUUGCAUGGGCGCCAUGGGUAUGUAAACACUUGAUGAAUGUUUUAUUUAACUCUAUUCUAAUUUCUAAAGGAAAAAUUUCUGACACACAAACACUUGAGCAGAAUCUUUUCUUUAUUUGAUUUUUCUUUAGGCUAUUUUGAAUUUUAUAGUUUCUAUUCCUCCUUUUGGAGUUAUAAAAUCAAUCAUGUGUUAAUCAAGACUUUGUGAAAGUAAAAACUAAAAUUUUCCUAGAUCUUUUUAUUAUUUUCAACUGUGGAUACAUUUCUCUGUCAGUAACAAUGUAACAUUGCCACAAUGCAUGUACCAUUCAUGGAUGCCACAUUUAAAGUGGUAGUUGUCCUUGUAAGACCUGCUACUUAUGCCAUUAUUUCAAGAGCAUCGAGCUCAAACGAUCAGGGAAAAGCACAAGGAUUUGUGGCUGGUUUGGAAUCAUUAUCAAGUUUGUUAUCACCACUUGUAAUGAGUCCAUUGACUUCAUGGUUCUUAUCUAGCAGUGCUCCUUUCAACUGCAAAGGUUUCGGUAUUAUAUGCGCAUCUAUAUGCAUGAUGAUUUCUUUAUGUUUUGCUUGCCUGCUUGAACCUGGGGCAGCUUCAAGCAAUAAUUUAGAGGAUGACAUUGAAUCACCAUUGCUAAGUGAGAGUUGAUUGUUUGUCCCAAGCUUAUAUAAAUAUUUGGGGUCCCUUGCAUGGAGCAAUGUUGUAAUUGUAUUAGAGCAAACAAGCUUCCAAUGUGUUUCUCCCUUAGAAAGUUCUCUUAAACUUUAUGCACCCUUGAGCUGCAGAGGAUGGUAUUGAAGCUUCACUUUCAAGUAAUAUAGUUCAUUGUUGUAUUUCCCAAGUGUUUUGUAAUAGCUUUUAUAGGCGGUGAUGUCAUAUUUGGCAUCCCUAAAAACACAUUCAUAGAUAUAGAUGUAUGUAAAUUAAAUCCUAGAUUUUAAAAAGUUUCAAUUAAAAACCUCAAAUUUUAAAAUU